CUGGUCACACUGCUGACGGCCAUACUUGAAAAUACAUUUUUUUCUGCAAAGUUUGUCAUUGUCACUGUGUGAAUGGAAUCUGUGAUGCGUUGUGGAAUUAAUAGCGUGCAGUAAACGACCCGUAAUGGUUAAAGUGCCCAACGCGUCGGCGAAAGCAGUGCGAAUAACUAUGAAUUGAUACGAAAGUUGCAUAACACGUCGCCUGGUGUCGCGGUUAGUGUGUUUUUCGUCUCGUUUCGUUUCCGCCGCAGUCGCAAUUUCCAGAAAACCUCACCACACCACACCACCACCACGCACACACACACACACAUACGCAGAGACGCGGCGGCGGAAAAAGUGUGCGGAGUGGAUAUAUAGCCCCUCGUUCCGAACCCAAAUUGGAGUCCCCAAAAACGAUUUCGAGUGUGGCGUAGCCAAUGUGCUGUGCGAUCCCCGCUACCCCCUCCGUACCGCCGCCACCCUCGCCACUGCAACAACGCACACGGACACGGAUACGGAUACCAAUACCAGCGCACUCCAGCACGGCCGACAAAGAAAGAGCGCUCUCUCUUCCUCUUUGUACAGUUAGUUCCUACGGCUGAAUUAGAUCAGAUCAGCCAACGGAAUUAGCAGCUAAUCCUGAGGCGCAGGUUGCAUGUGAAACGGAGCAGAGCCCUUCCCCACUCUCAAAAAUGAGUCUCCUGGCCACACCAAUGCCCCCGGCGGCCACCGCCUCAUCCUCUUCAUCUGCAGCCGCCGCCAGUGGUAUUCCACCCAGCUCUAACAACAACCUGCCAUUCGAGAAGGACAAGAUCUGGUACUUCACCAACGAGCAGCUGGCCAAUUCGCCCAGCAGACGAUGCGGGAUCAAGGCCGACGAUGAGCUGCAGUACCGCCAGAUGACCGCCUACCUGAUUCAGGAGAUGGGCCAACGUCUCCAGGUCUCCCAGCUUUGCAUCAACACGGCCAUUGUUUACAUGCAUCGGUUCUACGCCUUCCACUCGUUCACCCACUUUCAUCGCAAUUCCAUGGCGUCGGCGAGUCUCUUUCUGGCCGCGAAGGUGGAGGAGCAGCCGCGUAAGCUGGAGCAUGUCAUACGGGCCGCCAACAAGUGCCUGCCGCCGACCACCGAGCAGAACUACGCCGAUCUCGCCCAGGAGCUUGUCUUCAACGAGAACGUGCUGCUGCAGACGUUGGGCUUCGAUGUGGCCAUCGAUCAUCCGCACACGCAUGUGGUGCGCACCUGCCAGCUGGUCAAAGCAUGCAAGGAUCUGGCGCAGACCUCGUACUUCUUGGCCUCGAACAGCCUGCAUCUGACCUCGAUGUGCCUGCAAUACCGCCCCACAGUGGUGGCCUGCUUCUGCAUUUACCUGGCCUGCAAGUGGUCCCGCUGGGAGAUCCCCCAGUCGACCGAGGGCAAGCACUGGUUCUACUACGUGGACAAGACCGUCUCGCUGGAUCUGCUGAAGCAGCUGACCGAUGAGUUCAUCGCCAUCUACGAGAAGAGUCCCGCCCGCCUGAAGUCCAAGCUCAACUCGAUCAAGGCGAUUGCCCAGGGUGCCAGCAACCGUACGGCCAACAGCAAGGACAAACCGAAGGAUGACUGGAAGAUCACCGAGAUGAUGAAGGGCUAUCACUCGAACAUCACGCCUCCGCCUGAGCUGUUAAAUGGUAACGACAAUCGGGAGCGGGACCGGGAUCGAGAACGGGAAAGGGAGCGGGAGCGAGAUCAAUCAUCGCUACUGCCGCCACCGGCGAUGGUACCGCAGCAGAGACGGCAGGAUAGCAGCCACCACCGCUCGUCCUCGGUGGGUGGAGUGCCCGGCAGCAGCUCCUCGUCGUCUUCCUCCAAUCACAAGUUGCCAAAUUACCCUGGUGGCAUGCCGCCCGAGGCGCACCCUGAUCACAAGUCCAAGCAGCCGGGCUACAGUAAUCGUCUGCCAUCCAGUCACCAGCGAAACAGUAGCGGCGGACCCAGUUCCUCGGGAAGCAGCAGCCAGCGCGGCAGCUCGUCCUCUUCAUCGUCGAGCCAGCAGCCAGGCCGACCCUCUGUGCCCGUGGACUAUCACAAAUCCUCGCGCGGCAUGCCGCCAGUGGGCGUGGGCAUGCCUCCGCACGGCAGCCACAAGAUGCCUUCGAGCUCCAAGCCUCAGCCGCCGCAGCAGCAGCCUCCGGCCCCUCAUCCUUCCGCCUCCAACUCAUCUGCCUCGGGUAUGUCCUCCAAGGAUAAGUCCCAGAGCAGCAAGAUGUAUCCGAACGCUCCGCCGCCGUAUAGUAAUAGUGCCCCUCUUAACCCGUUGAUGUCGCGUGGCGGGUAUCCCGGCGCCAGCAAUGGAUCCCAGCCACUGCCUCCGGCCGGAUAUGGCGGGCAUCGCAGCAAAUCCGGCUCCACCGUCCACGGCAUGCCGCCCUUCGAGCAGCAGUUGCCCUAUACCCAGAGCUAUGGCCACAUGCAGCAGCCAGUACCGCAGCCUCAGCAGCAACAGUUGCCCGUGGAGGCACCUCCGCAUUCGUCACAGUCCAAGAACUCGCUCUUUAGUCCUGAGUGGCCGGACAUCAAGAAGGAGCCCCUGUCGCAAUCACAGCCGCAGCCCUUCAAUGGAUUGCUACCACCUCCUGCGCCACCAGGUCACGACUACAAGCUGAACAGCCAUCCCCGCGACAAAGAGAGUCCCAAAAAGGAACGACUCACGCCCACCAAAAAGGAAAAGCAUCGACCUGCCAUGCCGAUGGGCGGUAGUGGGAGCAGUUCCUCCGCCUCGGGGUCAUCAAAGCCUAUGCUACCGCCUCAUAAGAAACAGCUGCCCCAUGGCGGGGACCUGCUGUCAAAUCCCAACGAGAGCGGUAGUCUGAAGCGGGCCAACGAGAUCUCGGGCAGCCAGUACGGACUGAACAAGCUGGAUGAAUUAGACGGCAGUAAUUUGCCUCGCGAGAAGCUGCGUAAGCUGGACAAUAACACUGGCUUGCCGACGUAUCCCAGUUACGAGGAGAAGCACACGCCUUUGAAUAUGUCCAAUGGGAUGGAGACCACGCCAGAUCUGGUGCGCAGCUUGCUAAAGGAGAGCCUGUGUCCGUCUAACGCCUCGCUCCUCAAACCGGAUUCCUUGACUAUGCCAGGUCUGAAACCUCCGGCCGAACUGCUGGAGCCCAUGCCCGCGCCGGCGACGAUCAAGAAGGAACCGGGAGUCUCUUCCAUGACCAGUUUGGCGGGUGGCCCCGCACCCAUGGACCUAGAAAUGCCCAUCAAACUGGAGAUUAAGGAAGAAAGCAGCAUUAAGUCGGAGAAGAAAAAGAAGAAGGACAAGCACAAACACAAGGAGAAGGACAAGUCCAAGGACAAAACGGAGAAGGAGGAGCGCAAGAAGCAUAAGAAGGACAAGCAGAAGGAUCGCAGCAGCAGUGGCGGCAGCAAGGACAGCUCGCUGGCCAAUGAGCCCCUAAAAAUGGUGAUAAAGAAUCCCAACGGCAGCCUCCAGUCUGGUGCUUCAGCUCCCAUAAAGCUCAAGAUCAGCAAGAACAAGGUUGAGCCCAACAACUACUCGGCUGCGACCGGCUUGCCGGGAGCUACUGGCUAUGGAUUGCCCCCGGCUGCCACGACGUCCUCAUCUGGAGCAGCUGCUCCGCCAGGACUGCCUCCCUACGGGGCCGCUGGUGGGUACAGCUCUUCGGGUGGCAGCAGCUCCGGCGGCAGCAGCAAGAAGAAGCACAGCGAUCGGGAUCGCGACAAGGAGAGCAAGAAGAGCAAGAGCCAGGACUAUGCGAAAUACAAUGGAGCUGCCGGCGGCGUCUUUGCUCCCCUUGGCGGUGCUGGCGCCGCACCCAAUGUGACCGGAGGAAUGGGCGCUCCGCUAGCCACUUCGGUACCACCAUCCAUGCUGUUGGCGCCCAUCGGCGCGUUACCGCCCUCCGCCACCGGGCUGGCACCGCCCCCCCUGCCCGUCUACAACAAGAAGUAGUGGUAGCGGUCAGCGGGUUAGCCCUUAAGUCGCUCUUUUUGAUAUAUGUAUAGAACCUCAGUAAGUCCGAUGGUAGGCUAGUUGUUAGGAUUGUUGGUGAGACGCACCAUUGAUUCACUUUAGUUAAGCGCAUAGCUAAAACUCUGAAUAGCGGGUCGAAUCGAGAGGAGAUCGCGAUAGGGCUGGACGUGAACGCAAAACUCAAAACGCGAGAACUUUUGUACAGCAUUAAUUAAUUUAUAAUUAUAAUAAAUAGCAUACACAUACGCCCAUAUACAUAAAAAACGCAGACUAGUUGUAAGCGAGUUGUUGGCGAACGGAAUCCGAGACACAGGCAGAAUAUUCACAGAGAGCAGAAAUGGCCGUCUAGCAUUUAAGUUAGCAAAUCAAAUACCCGUAACACACACUGUAAGCUGUAUAUAGCCACUCACAAACACACACUCACACAAAACGAGAGAUAUAUAGAAUCGACUUCCGCUUAGCAAAUAUACUAAAUACUACGGCCCCAACUAAAUGCAAGCCAGACAGAGUAAGAACUUCAAAAUAAUCCACACGGAACACAUAGGCAGAUUAAGCAGAAACAGCAGGAGCAAGUAGUUGUUGUAGGGGAGAAAAGAAAGCCAGCGCUUUGAUUCAAAAUUAAAGACGCCAAACUACAUAAUAAAUUAUUUAAUUAAAAACAUAGUUGCUAAUCAGUAAA